CCAGCAUCGCACAGCGCGAGCGCACAGGGGAGGGGGACAGCCACAGUCUAAACCACACUCCAUUCAUGGACUUCAGGAGCGACUCAGACCUGCACAUACUAUUGUUUUCCCACAUUUCCUGCGUUUUUGGAUGAUUUAGAAACUUCAGGCAUGGCUUCAUCCGUGAGCGGUGCAGAGGAGGUCCGGGUGUCGGCGCUGACGCCCCUGAAGUUGGUGGGACUAGUGUGCGUGUUCCUCGCGCUCUGCCUGGUUGUCGGGGCUAUGGUGAGCCCAGCUUGGGUCACGGCGGACGACCAGUACUACCUGUCCCUGUGGGUGUCCUGCAGAAAGCCGCUGAGCUUCGCGGAGUGGUCCUGCGACAGCACGCUGACCACCGAUUGGCAGAUCGCCACGCUGGCCCUGCUGGUGGGCGGCGCAGCCCUCACCAUGCUCUCCUUCCUCAUCGCUCUGGUCUCUCUUUGCUUCAGCUCCAGGAGUCGCUGCUACAAGCCAGUGGCCGUCAUGCUGUUCUCUGCAGUUGUUCUUCAAGUGUGCAGCCUGGUCCUGUUCCCCAUCAAGUUCAUAGAAACAGUCAGUCUGAGGGUCUACCAUGAGUUUAACUGGGGCUACGGCCUGGCCUGGGGAUCCACCAUCUUCUCCUUCGGAGGCGCCAUCCUCUACUGCCUAAACCCCAAGAACUACGAAGAUUACUAUUAAAGAUACACGUCAAGAGUAGAACCCCAGAACUCUUUGUUUCACUCAGUGUCCACGUGUUAGAAAUGUAUGUCUCACGGUGCACAAUCACACACUGGAGAUGGGAAAACCUUCAUAGGGUCUGAACUGAGUUCUUAGAUCUGAUGCUUUUGUCUCAAGGACUAUCCUCCUUAACCACAUAGAUGCAAGUGAACAUUCUUCAAAGGAAAUUCAAAACUAGACAAUUAAAAGAAGACAUUGGUAGCAAUCACAAAAUCCUGCAUCCCCCUUUAAAAAAAGCUUCAGAUGGUCUUGGACAGGCAGUCUGCAGGGAACAGAUGGUUCUUCUGACCCCAUACCUGCACAAAUUGGUGAAGUAAUAAACCACAGAGCAGAAAAAAUAAAAACACUGAUGCAAUCUCAGGCCAAUGUAGAGGAAGAUGCCCUGCAUGACUGAUAUCCUCAUAAUGACAAAGCGAGGAAGACAUUCUACAUUUCCCCUGAGAUGCUCUCCACACCUGGGCCACAGCCAAGACUUUUUCCUUCAGUUGAGGUGAAAAGAUUUGUAAACACGGGCCUAAGGAGCGAUUUUAUUUCAUCCUGCCCUAUAGGAGUCCACCAGAAGUCUCAAAGACACCAAUAAUAAGGAAUAACAAAGACUGAAAAACAUUCCAAAGGAACAUGUACUGGUUAACGAUUAGCACCGCCUGUCACAGCCGUGGUUUUCAGCCUCAGUCCCACUUCGGUUGUGGUGAAUCUGGUUUAUGAAUAUUAAUGCAUUCCAAUCAGAGCAGUGGGGAAAGUAGCAAAUGACCGUGUCUGCUGAGAGAACACGUCUGCAUGAUCAUGCAAUUCAGCAUGUGAUGACUCCUUAUCUCCUUCUGAAAGAAAUGUGAAGUAAACAGAGAAGAGAAAUAAAUAAGUCUCUGUCUAAAAGACACAUGGCUGUUGACAUCGAAGGUGGUGUCCUUAAUAAAAGCAUUUAAGAGAAUAUUUGAGUAAAAGGAGGAAUGCAUGAGAAGUGAAGUCAACGACCUGCACCCAUCUGUUCUGGGAUCGACCCGACUCCAGAAUGACAUUUGUGUUCUUGAACUUCCUCCUCUUACAGCAAAGUGUGCAUGCCGCUAUUGUCUACUGCUGUUUCUGAUCACCAACACAAUAAACAUGUACAACAGGAAA